CGUUGGAUUCGAUAAGCUGUAGUCGGAUUUGAGAAGUACGACUGAGCUGUUUUGCGACGCUCCGGGCGGUUGACAGAGCUACCAGUCAUGACUUGCAUACAUUGCAACAAUACCGUUAAAUUAAACGUUCGUAACUUACAUAAGUAAACCUUUGUAACUCAAAUCAUUGAAAUACAACUUAUUCAAUAUUCCUGCAUAUAAGGAAGCAUUACCGGUACUAUAGAGAGAUCAUCACGAUAUCAUCACCAGACUCUUCAUCACAACAAUAAUGCCUUCGGUGGCAUAUAUUAUCGCGUUUCUGCUUAUUAUUGGAACUUUAACGGAAGCAACAACGUAUACAUCCGUUGUACAAACUGAAGAUGGCCCAGUACGUGGUAAAAUUUUGUCAACCAUGAGACAAAAAGUAAACUAUGCAUCAUUCAGUGGGAUCCCUUAUGCAGAACCUCCAGUCGGAGAACUUCGCUUCAAGCCCCCUGUUAAGAAAGAAAAAUGGACCGAUGUAUUAGAUGCUGUUCAAGAAGGAAAUGUUUGUCCUCAAUAUUUAAUAUCGAACGAUAGUCAUAUUGGAGCAGAAGAUUGUUUAUUUUUGAAUAUCCACACUCCAUUGACUGACUUGUCGAACGUGAAGCAAUCCGAUUUAAAAGCUGUUUUAUUUUGGAUACAUGGAGGAGGAUUUCUUGGAGGUUCUGGAAAUGCGCAUACAUACGGACCGGACUUCAUCAUUGAACAUGACGUACUUCUAGUUACUUUUAACUAUCGACUUGGACCACUUGGAUUUCUUACUUUAAAUAAUAAAAAUGCUCUUGGAGAUGCCGGUCUCAAGGAUCAAAAUUUGGCUUUAAAAUGGGUCAACAACAUUCAGAAAUUUGGCGGAGAUCCCAAUAAAAUAACGAUUAUUGGUCAAAGUGCUGGAUCCGUAGCUGUUGAUUUUCAUGUUUUGUCAGAUGUGUCUGCAGGCACAUAAAUAAUCAUAGUUACAUUACAUUCACUGAUUAUUAUUAUUAUUAAAAUUAUUUUACAUUUGACUUAUUAUUUUAUGCUAUUUUAAAAAUCAUCAAGGAGUAUAAAUAUUGAUGUAUCAUUUUCAACUAUAAGUAAACAAAUUGCUUAAGAUGAAGUCCCAUUACCAAAUAAUUAUUUAUUUUAUUUCCAGGAUUCUUUAAGCAAUCCAUAGCGAUGAGCGGAUCGCCGCUCUGUAUUGUAUGGGGACUUCAGUCGAGACACGAAGGAGAAAAGAAAGCCUUUGAGCUUGCUUCAAAAUUAGGAAUUACUACUAAAAAUAAAGAUAAAGUAUUAGAAAGUCUUUACAAACUUCCAGCAGCAGACAUUCUUGAGAAAGCUCAUGAAAUGAAAUUGUUGCCAUUCCGUCCUGUUAUCGAAUCCUGGUUGGCUGCUAUAGGACAAGAAAAGUUUCUAUCUAAAUGUCCAGUUGAUAAAUACAACUCUGGUAAAUAUAAUAAAGGUCCGCACAUGAUGGGUUUCGUAAACGUUGAAGCAAAGGCAAUUUCUGAAAGUUCAUUUUCUGCACUACCAAAAGUUAUUGCCAAGCAGUUAAUACAGACAGUUACCGACUUAGCAUUCAUCACUGGAAUCGAUACAAAGCAACAACUAUUGCGAACUCAUAAUAGACAUCCGAUCUACUACUACAGAUUUUCUCAAGAUAGCUCUGAAUACCCUGGAUUUAUAGCCGACAAAAACCACUUGAAUAUUACCGUGCUGGUCAUGCCGAUGAUCUAGCUUACUUAUUCUACUUUUCUGAAGUUGGACUGCCGAGUGACCCAGCCAUUGAAAAAACGAGCAGAAGAUUGGUUAGAUUUGUAACGAAUUUC